AUGUCCUCUCAAAGCCCAAAGUCGUCACCGACAGUUCAUGUCAACAAGUGGUCCGAGCAGCAGGUCGUAGACUGGCUCUCCUCCGUCGGUCUUUCCAAGUAUGCAAGAGACUUCAAGUCAAACGGCAUCACUGGCGAUGUGCUUGUUCUGCUCGACGACGAAGCUCUCAGGGAUAUCGGCGUCGUCACCAUAGGUCAGCGCCUCGCGCUCCUUGCUGCCAUCUACCGUCUCAAGCAGCAGUUUGACAUCCCCAUCCAAGAAGGCGACUGGAUUCCCAAGUCAAUCGAGGCGCAAGAACAUGCCACCAACACGCUCAGCACAGCUCACAUGUCUACUGCGCUACGUCAACGCGACGAUCGCAUUCGUCUCUUGGAAUCGCAGAUCCUGCGACUCGCAGACUAUCUCGUUCGCUUCCAGCAGGACAUGGCGUCCGUAGCAAGGCACGUCGGAGUCAAGGCGCAUUCCAUUGACACGCCCAUCACCCUUGUUUCCAACUCGCUCUCCGCGCAUCGUUCCAGUGAGAGCAGCGCCACCACGUCCGCCUUCGGCUCAAAUUCCGAUCUGGCUUCCUCAGCCGCAUCCAGCUUGCCCAUGGAAUCGCCCACUUCGCGCAACUUUGCUGGUCUUGUCUCUCCCACUCGAACCGGCUUCACAUAUGGCGGCUCACAAGCCAUGAGCGGCUUCAAACCAACCACCGUCAAGUCGUCCAGGUCUAAUAGUAUCGGUGGUGCCGCGCCCAUGACACCCACUACUGCCGCACACAUGUAUGCGGCCAGCGCGUCCAAUACAGUGCCCACAGGAGAUGUUUCGCCAACGCAGAUUACUCCCUCGGUCACUCCCACAUCACUCGGAUCUCAGCCUGCUUUCCCUCAGCAGCAACCGCCAUCCAGUGCCGGUUCCACCUCGAUGGUGAGUCCGACCCGUCGGCUUGCGCAUCAGAACUCGCUUGCACAUCCAGACGCCGCUGGCUCUGCUCGACCGCGUGCAGGCUCCGUGGGUGCAUCCGCUGCUCUGUCGUCUACCAGUGGCUCAUCUCUCUUUUCCAAUACUGGAAGCAGCGGCUCCAUCAACGCCACCACUGUCAGCGCAGCAACCGAACGCGACGAUCGCAUCAAAGACGCCGCAGCGACGACCGUGUCGGAACCGAAGCCCAAAUUUUCGACGGUCGCUGCCUCGGGCUCUUCGUUGUCGGCAUCGCCAGCCGCUUCUGCAGCGGCUGCUACCACGGCAUCCUCCGACAGCAACCCGUACAAGUCGUUUCGCGUCACUCUCGACGACCCAUGCUAUAAGGUGCUCCCAGCAGCGCUCAAAAAGUACAAGAUCAACGACGACUGGCGCAAGUACGCGCUCUUUAUCUGCUACGGCAAGACGGAGCGGUGUCUCAGCUACGACGAAAAACCUCUGCUUCUGUUUCAGAAGCUCAAGGAAAACGAACAGAGCCCUGUCUUUAUGCUUCGUCACAUCCGCGACGUAAAAUCGCCCAUUGCGAUCGCCGAGGCAAAGGCAGCCUCGAAGCUUCAGGAACGCGAAACCGACGGUGGUUCGUCCGCUACCAAGAAGCGAAGCGCGCCGCGUGCCGACCGACGUCGUGUGAUUGCAGGAACACCGCCGCCGGGUGCGCUCGUCACCAACGCUUCGAACCCGGUGGAAGUUGGACCGGCUGCCGACUUGCCCGAACGCAACAAGGUGGCGAGAACAUACGCGGUGGCCAUCUACCCAUACAUGCCCGAGCGCGAUGACGAGUUUGACGUGAAUGUGGGCGAUACGUUUGUCGUGAUCAACAAGGCCAAAGGGUGGUGGAUCGUGCAACGAGACGCAAAGCAAGACGGUGCAGGGGACGUGGUGUAUAGCGUCCCGGCGAGCGAAGCGAGUUCGGCGGAUGAUGAUGGAGUCACCUACUCGAACUACCGAGCCGAGCAUGCGUCUGGAUGGGUGCCUGCCGGGUGUCUGCUCGAGACAAGUCGACCUCUGGGGAGCAUUGUGGAAGCCGAGGCGGCGUCGAUGUCGCAUGUGCGGUCGGGUGCAAGCACCAUCUCGAACCCGAGCACGCCCACGGCAUCGAGCAGCGGAGCCAAGCUGGAUGCCAAGCGUGCGGCGAUUCCGCCGGCGCUGAUUACGAGCACCAGCACGCCGGGGAUCAUGCUCAUGGAUUACCAGAGUGGCGAGGGCGAUCUGGAUCUGCGCAAGGACGAGCGUCUGCGCGUAUUCAAGCGGUACAACCACUGGUCAUAUUGCGUACAGGAGCGAGAUGCGCACGCCAGGGGCUGGGUCCCCAGCUGGUACAUUGGCAAGCUUUCCUCGGCCGCCAGCGGAUCGUUGGGCAAGUCGGCGUCGACCACUGCUUUGUCUGCGACGCCCGUCCCGGAUUCGCGCUUGAUGCAUGCGGCAGAGUCCGUCACAGCCGUGGCCGGCUCGCCGUCGUACGACAGCAGUUUGACACACGACCAUCCGUCCGCGCAUUCAGCUUCCGCGCCGAUGGCUACCGUCUGA